AUGUCUCCACUACAAUUAACCACAUCUUCCGCCAUGCCAUACACACCAACAAGCGAUGUUCUUGAUCGACAUGAAUAUGGGGUCACGAAGAAUAGGAAAUUAACGGCGUCAACUGGCGGGGGGAGAGCUUGGAGCGAGGACGAGGAGGUCUAUCUCCUUCAGACCCGCCUUCAAAAGAUGCCCUAUAAGCACAUCGCCGCUCACUUGAAGAAGACCGAACUAGCUUGCCGUCUUCAUUAUCACCAGCUGAGCCAUGGAAGCAAUCGCCGGAAGCGGACUACCUCCGUGUCAUCAGGUUCCUCCACGGGACAUUCACCUAUCUUACCGGCAACUAUCCCAUCGCCUAUCCAUGAGAGCCCUCGCGACUCCUCCCCCGUGAGUGCUACCGGUCACGAGCUCGACUCGCCUAGUUAUUCGAAUUCGGUGCAACUCCCUAGUAUUAUAACGAAUGCCGGGACCUCGCCUCGCCUUCCCGUAAUCCUGCCAAAACCGUCGACAAUUACUCUCCCGCACGUAGCCCCUCCGGCUUCGUGUAACUGUCCUGCUUCGGGUUCCGAUUCGUCUCGCUCGCUAGCGCCAUCCCCGUUUCCCCAGUCCGCAUCAACUAGCCAGGUACCAGUACUUCGACUUGACUGUUCUCUCCCGCUGCCUUCGGCUCACGUGGACAUCCCUCGACUACAGUCGAUAUAUGCCGCACAUCGGUCGUCAUUCUGGAGCGCUAUCGCAUGUGAAUAUGGGUCGGGAAUUAGCCCAAUCGUCCUAGAACAAGCGUGGAAGGCGAGCGCAUUUGCUAUGGGCGGUCAAACUCCAAUUACCCCGGUCACUAGUCCUAAUGACCGCGAUACUAUCUACGAAAAGCAUGACAAGACCCGUAUCAGCGCUAUCCUUGGCAUCGAUGCAAAUCCACGAAGUCCGAAAGAGAGAGAAAUGGUUCGACGAUUAGAAGAAGAACGAAGCAUUGGUGUAACUGCUGGUGCUUAG